UCUGAUCGGAGGAGAGAACCCGUCGGCACUCGGCCGCACCACCGCCGCCCGGCAACCUAGUACGAUCCGUGCGCCGCCCACCGUUCCCACAUGGCACGAGCAACCUCGUAGCAAUAGACUCCACAGUCCGCACCUACCCGGAGCCGCCCGUAAAUGCGGACGCAGGCGUGGGCGCGCGGGGCCGUGGCGCGCUUGAUGACGCCAUUCAAUUGCCCCACGGCCCACGCCUCUUCCACCUCCACCCACCUGCUGCUCCGCUCCUCCUCUUAUUGCCUCCACCUCCCCUCUCGCUUCCGACGACACUUCGCCUCGGACUCCUCCUCAGUUGACAGCACCAGACAAAAUUGUCACACGUUCAUGGAGGUUGUUCAAGAAGUCUUUAAGCAUGGCUCGGAACAUGGUGCCCGCGUGGCUAUAAGAGCUGACCAAAAGAGUUAUAGCCUUGGUCACCUUAUUUCAUCUGCACUGGAUGUCUACAAUAUUUUGUGCAGAAAAAAUGAUGCAAUUAAGGAUUCUUCUAUCAAGGGAAUAAAUGGGACAGGAUUCCUUUGUGGAGCUCGUAUCGGCAUCGUGGCCAAACCCUCUCCUGAAUUUGUUGCUGGGAUAUUUGGAACCUGGCUUUCCGGUGGAGUUGCAGUACCUCUUGCACUUAGCUAUCCAGAAGUUGAACUUCUGCAUGUCAUGAAUGACUCGGACAUUUCUAUGAUUUUGAGCACCAAGGAGCAUCAUGACAUCAUGGAGAGCAUCUCUACCAAAUGUUCUGCUCGUUAUUCUCUUCUUCCAGAUGUGGAAAGUAUACCUCCAAAGAUGGAUUUCCAAGAACCUUUAAGUAGCGAAGUGGCAUCAUCAGUUUAUAGCUUAAUGGCUGACAUUGACCGUUCAAACAAAAUCAAAGGAGAUGAUCCUGCUCUUAUCCUUUACACCAGUGGUACAACUGGUAAACCAAAAGGAGUGGUACACACUCACAAGGGGAUACUUUCUCAGGUUCAAAUUCUGACAGAGGCAUGGGGAUAUCAAAGUGAAGACCAAUUUCUGCACUGCCUUCCGCUGCACCAUGUGCAUGGCCUUUUCAAUGCUCUGUUUGCACCCCUCUAUUCAGGAUCAGUGGUUGAAUUCAUGCCAAAAUUCAGCGUGCGGGGAGUAUGGCAGAGAUGGCGCGAGUCUUAUCCCAAUGAUGCCAGUAAAAGUGAUGAGGCUAUCACAGUAUUUACUGGGGUUCCAACAGUAUACACACGUCUACUGCAAGGGUACGAUGGUAUGGAUCCUGAUCAGCAAUCUGCCUCUUCUUACGCUGCAAAGCAGCUGAGACUAAUGAUGUGUGGAUCGUCAGCUCUUCCAUCUCCAUUAAUGAAACGAUGGGAGGAAGUCACAGGUCACCGUCUUUUGGAACGCUAUGGCAUGACUGAGUUUGUCAUGGCACUGUCUAAUCCAUUGCAUGGUGUACGGAGAGAAGGUACAGUCGGUAAACCUCUUCCACGUGUUGAGGCCAAGAUCAUUAUGGAGGAUGGUACCGAAACUAAAGCUGGUGUUGGCGAGCUCUGUAUUAGGAGUCCAUCCCUUUUCAAGGAAUACUGGAAAAGACCAGAGGUUACAGCAGAAUCAUUUAUUGAUGGUGGGUUCUUCAAGACUGGUGAUACAGUAACUGUAGAUGAUGAUGGAUACUUUAUAAUUUUAGGGCGCACAAAUGCUGACAUCAUGAAAGUUGGUGGUUACAAGCUGUCGGCGUUAGAAAUCGAGGCGGUACUGUUAGAGCAUGACACUGUUCUGGAGUGUGCUGUCCUUGGCUUGCCUGAUGAAGCUUAUGGGGAGAUUAUAUGUGCAAUAAUUGUUCCUAAGGAGGAGGCAAAGAAAAGAGCUGAACAGGGCUCGAAGCCAGCACUAACAUUAGAAGCAUUGACAAGUUGGUCAAAAGAUAAGCUUGCUCCAUACAAGAUUCCUACAAGAUUGUACUUAUGGGAUUCUCUUCCUCGGAAUGCCAUGGGAAAGGUUAAUAAAAAGGAGCUGAAGAAAUUAUUAGAAGCGUAAACGUGGUUACAAAUUCUGGUGGUCAGUUAAUAGUUUUAUUUUGUUUGGCAAUAAUAAUUGACAGUGACUAUAGUACAUAACUACAUCUGCAAGUAGAUUGUGCACUAAUAAUCUGACGAGCAAGAAUGUGAAAUAACAGAGGGGGAAGUAUGUUGUGAACUUUUUAAGAGGGGGAAAUAAGUUCUA